UCAAGAUGGGUCUCUGCUGAAUCUUUACAUUUAUUUAGGCGAGUAAAAGAGAGGGUUUAGGGAUGAUUGAAUCUUUGGGAUAAAAUUCUUAUGAAUUAUAAUGAUGGUGCUCUGUAUCCUCAAUGUAGCUUUUCUUGAAUUUUUAUUCAUAAAAAGUUUUUGCCUUUUCUUUUCUUUUGCCAUUUAUGCUUUGUCAAUUUUGCAUCUUGAAGACGAAAGGGACCGUUUCGUUUCCAUUUAUGGGGUUGAUGAUGGCUUCAUUUCAUUCUAUCAGGGUUUAGUUUUAUUGUCUUGAUAAAAUAUGUCUUGUUGUUUUUCAGCUACAUAGAGCUUCAAUUGCAUAAUUGAAAAAGACGCUAAAGUUCAUUUCCUUCGUUGGGUCAAAUACUUGUUUGUUUAACAAUUAACAUUGUCAUCAUGUUCAAUACACCCAUAGCCAGUUUUAUUGUAACUGUUGUAAAAGGGUAUACGGUAUAUACUUCGGUAAAGUUAUAGAAAAUCUAGGGAGGUUUCGGGAAUUUCAAAACGUCUAGGACGAUUACAUAAUAUAUCAGAAAAUAUGUGGUAAAAAAUGUAAAUUACCUAACGUCUGGGACAGUUUUAUAAUUACAUACAUUGCAAUCAACCGGUUCUGAACUUGUUUAGCUUGCUGUGGUUUAUUACUGUUACCUUGUUGUCCUAAACGACACCGCGGUAGCUGAUUAGAACAACCUUGUUGAUCACAAAGUAGGUCUAAUAAUAAAAAGAAAAGAGAAAUUUGGGCCGGCUUAAGACGAAGCCCACUAAUGAUACGACGUCAUAUAAGGCACAACGGUCAUCUCCAAAUAUGGAAAACGACAAGAAACAGAGAAGAGAGAGUGAUGAAUCAUCAGGACUGUGAAUCAUGAAUGCAAAAGCUUUGUACGGAGGAGGAGAAAAAGUUGCGAUUUCGUAGCCCUUGAUACGUUUGGUGACACGCGAUGAUGACAUCUGUCCUCUCCUCUCUUUAGGGUUUUGCCGAGUAACCCAUUCUCUUGUGUGUAUAUAUAUAUACUACAUGUUCUGAUUUCUCUAGCUGCCUUUGGCUUAUUACUCUGAUCUUGCUUGCUUUGUGAGUUUCCCCUUUGGUUAAGUAAUUGCAGAUGGCGGCACUCCCUCCCUUCGAUCCCAAGUUCAAAUUGGCAAUCGCAGUCUUCCCAACAGAGACUCAGAAUGACCAACAGCACGAUGUAUCUGUUUCUGCUGCUAUCGUAGCUGCUGAUCUGAUCAGCUCUACACGCCUUAAACUCAAGCUGGAUAGUGUCCAUACUGAGUACUCAGCUCAGUAUCUGGUGGACAAUGCUGCUGGCUCACAAGGGCACAAGCUCACUGUCAAAGGCUGCCUUGAGUUUGGGUUAAAGAAUGGAAUACCGAAAGCUGAAGAUUGGCCACAGUUGGGAUCUGUGUCGAAGCCCCCAUCAUCGUACAAGCCUGAUCUCGUUACCAUGAAAGGAAAAGUGGUUGCGCCUAAGAAUUUGACGGAAUCAAUUGACGUGCUGGACUUGGUUGUGCAUCAACCCGUGGGAGCAAAACUGCAUGUGUUCAAUCCACACCUUGAUCUUCAGGGAAUUUACUGUGGCCCGACUGGUGAACCAGCUACCUAUGUUGGGCUUAGAGAUGCGAUAAUUCUUGGAGUGGAGAAGAUCCAAGGAAAGGACAUUGCAACAGUGAAGAUAUGGCACAAGCAGAAGUUCACAAUCCUGAAAGUGGCUAUGAGCAGGUGGUUUGUGCAGCAGUCUCUGGACGGAGAGCCGGGCUUUAACAUAGGGCCAUCAUAUCUACUUGUUGACUUUUGCGCCCCACGCCUAUCCAUCAACUAAGCAUCAUCUGUUAUCUUAAUAAGUAUCUAGUGGAAGAUUAUGUUUCUGGAGACUGUUUUUUUAAAAAAAUAUGUAAGACCCUUAAGAAGUUAAUCUCUCUACCUUCUGAAGACAUAUUAUGGAUGAUCGCUUUGUUAUUUAAGUUUCAGCUCCUUAUC